UCUUCAUACGGUCGCUUCUCUGGACGGCGGUCAUGCGAAGCGUUGACGUGCAUGCUCAGUCAUUGAACGCAUAUAAAGGUGCGGGUUGACCCUCGCGCAACAUCCUCGCGCUGGCUGUUGCAUCCUCUCGAGGGACCAUCGGCUCUCUUUACACGCGCCGCCGUCCAUCCGCAAUCCCGCUAAUGCAACUCUUUCCUCUGCGUGCUUCGACGUGUUACGUUGUGUUCGGCAGCACAUAGGCUGAGGGAGACCACAGGACGUGAUGAUGUGACACAUCUUCCUUCACAUCAGCUCGCUUUGCAGUGGACGGUGCGUUUUUGCCAACGAAGCAAAGCGUUCCUUCACGUGAACAGAUGCGUUAACCGAGGACUGUUAGGUGGGAACGACAGCCUGCAUGCGGCUUUCCACAUUUUUCAGAGGUGGAACCGGGUUCUGAGUAUCCAGAAACUGUUGUAGAGUACAGCCGAGUGCUUUCAACCCAUGAUCUGCACAUCAGAAGAAGCAGCAGUCCAAGCUCUCUGUGGUCUCGUCUCUCCUCUGCUCUCUUCUAAUGGUUUGAUGGAGAUCUGGUCGGAUGACAGCUGGAACUGUUGUCAUAACCGGAGGAAUUCUUGCAACAGUGAUACUUCUUUCUAUCAUUGCAGUGCUUUGUUACUGUAGACUCCAGUAUUAUUGCUGUAAGAGGAAUGAUUCUGAAGGGGAGGCGGGUUCGGUCGGAGAUCCUCAGCCACAGUUUGCCUGCAACGCAUGCAGCGCACCCGGGGUGGACGGGGUGGCCGUCACGCCUCUUUCCCUGCCCUACGACCCCACUAAAUCGCACAACUACUGCCCCACCUGUUCGCCCUACUACCCCCGGGGCAUGGAUGAGAUGCGUAACGGCGGCGAACGCUUAUCCUACAUGCCCGCUCAUUACGAGAAUCACGGCGCCACCGCCCUCGGUCUGGCCGCCAUGUACGGUCCCGUGCUGAGCCAAUGCAUUACGCCGGACUUUUACACCAACACACGAGCCAUCAGCACUGACGUCUGACCCUCACAGACAUGGAAGUGGACCGAGGGACAGGUAUCACACCAUGGAUCAGGUAUCAACCGACCAUCUGAGCACCCGGGGCCGCAUCAUCUCCAUGGAGCCGAACGGGUAAAAGACCUAAGGGAUGGCAUUUUAGUCUUACACACAGUUCUGAUCUACAUGUAUGAGGUCAACUCCUGUCGUCCAUUCCAUUCAUUAGUUUAAGUGAUGUGUCGUCUCCUGCACACAUUGAGGGCUAUUUGUUGUAUGAGGGCUAAGUGUUUGGAGUUUUUCAUUUUUAUCUUAAGGGUUGAACGCAAGAGCUUUUCAGAUGAAAUCGAACAAAUUGAAUGAAGUCCGUCGCUGUCAUCAAUAAUGGCAAAGAAGGCAAGUAUUCCACUGAACCGGUUGACUUUAAAGAUGUAUUUAACAGUGUUUUGAUCUGAAUAUCCUCUAUUACAGUAUAUGAUUAACCCUUAACACUUGAUUCUUAUUUGUCCUUUAAGUGCUGAAUAUUAUCGUAGUCUUUCACUGUUCACAAGAAGUUGAAGUAUUAUGUUGUUGAGGGGUUACCCCAUGCUGACAUACGUAUUAGGAUCUUUCAAUUCUAUUUGAGAUAUACAUUGAAGUGCUGUUACUGACAUCACAAGUAUCAUAGGAUAUAAUUUACAGUGCAAUCGGCUUUAUAACUUUUUCAAAGAACUUCUUUCAGUCAAUGACAGGAAGAUGAUGAUCACACUGAAAACAAAAUGUAAUUCCUGUCCGUCCAUGUAUAUGUAAUAUUACGGCAUAAUUAUAAAACUUAUUUAACUUAUUUGUAUUUGUGCUCGCAGAUGUGUUUAUGCAAUCUGUUUUGUUUUAAUAAUCACAGUUUUAUGAAUUGUGACGUCUAUAUCCACACUGUUUGAAGAAGCACUCUUUGUUAGUUUUAAAUCACUGGCACUUCUGUUUUACAUGUGAAUACAUUUUUGCAAACGUGAGGAACUGUACGAGUCUGUGGUUUAAGACAUUGAGAAAUAAACAUUAGUCCACGUAUUUCACAGAAUGGCUUGGAAUAAAACUGAAGCAUUUCUAAAUGCCUGUAGACUUUUAUAUAAUCGGUCAAUUGUGAUCAGAAUAAUAAGCCAUUUCACCUCUAUACAAAUACAUGUAUAUAAAGAUUAUUUCAAUGAUUGACACGUUUCCUGUCACCCUUAUUUUUGAGUCUUUCCCUUUACAAUAAUAUUGCAUUUGUUUACAUUCAUAAAUGUGUUGACUAGCAUGAAGCAUUUAUUAAUACUUGUUA